AUGUGCACUUACUCUGGUGAUGCAACGGAUUCAUUGCGUCAUACCUCCGUUCCAUUAACUGAUGACCAAGUGAAUGAAAUGAUUAAAUCUCUUCUGAAUGAAGACCCGGAGGAUUGUGUUAAAGCUAAGUCGGAUUUUUGGAAAACGGAGUACGAUCAUGAAGCUGCUAAGAAGGCCAGGGCUGCCAAAAAAGCCGCCAGAAAAGCCGCCAAGAAGACCACCAAGAAGAAGAAGAAACCAAGCGCCUCUGAUCUGCUUAAGCUGGAUGACACCUCUGAGUCAGAGGAACUUGCCCGGUCCUCCUCUGGCAACUCAUCACAAACUGAACUGCCGGCUUUCAAGACUGCCCCUGGUGGACAAGCAAAGCCUAAUAAAAAGGCGAAGGUGACCAAGCCAACUGAAACGCCAGAAAUUUCUGAUCCGGAAAAACAAACCCCUGCCCCUGAAGCAUCUGAAAAACAGCCGGAAGAAACUGUCACUGACACUCCGCCUGAGAUUCCGGAUCUCUGCGUUGAUGACCCCGCUGUUAUUCCUUCAGAUCAUACACCAUCAAGCUCACUUAAGCCGCCAGAGACUCAAAAUGAUGAUAUAUUGAUUACUGGCUCCAGCUUCGUAGAACCAGGAAACCCCAUAGCUCUAGCCAAGCAUACUACUAAACAGGAGGUCAUUGAAAGGCGGAAGACGAAAUUUGACGUCUCUCAUUAUGCACAUUUGAGCAGCAGUGAGAUCUUCUCUGGUUAUCUCAGCCAAGUACACUCCAUCCGUGAGCUUGAAGUUGAUAUGGUGAAACAAAUGCACCAAAAAUAUGAGGCUGCUACUGCUGAACUGGAAGCUCAGUUAAAUGAUGCAAAGACCCAGCUGGCGACUCAGGAAACUGAGAUCCGGAAAGCUGAGUCAAAGUUCCAAUUUAGCGUGUCUGAGUCGGAAAAACUGAAGACCAGUUUUGAGGCGGAGAAGAAAACUUGGGCUGCAGAAAAACUUGCUUUAACACAACGGGCUGAGAAGGCAGAAGCAGCGCUUCAAGAUGUGACCGUGGAGCUCACCAGUUUAAAGCACCGUGUCUCUCAGAUGGUUUCUGCUAUCUUUGCCUUUGAUAUGUCCAGGUCCCAGAAGCAGCAACCUGAAUCAAGACAUGCUUGUGAAGUUGAAAGUUGUCUAUACAUUGGUUGA